AUGGCGCGGGCGACAGAGUACGUCGAGGGCGUGGGCCGACGGGCGAGGUGGCCAAGCGCCGCAGGCAUGGUCAAGAGCACACUGUUGAUGAGCAAGCGGUACUGCAAUGCCGUCGGCAAGGAGGCCAUCAAGCCCACAACGCCCACACUUAGGACGCAGCGGCGUCGGUCUUCUCGCUACAGUCGCAUUCCGGGCGGCACUGGCCGAGAUGUGGGCAGUUGGUGGCGUAGGAGGCGGAGGGUGGACGUCGGUGGGCUGCGAGCGACGCGGUAG